CCCAAUGGUAGGGAUAAUUAUAUUAAACGGCGACUAACACUCGUUUUAUCUUCACAAAGUCAAACGUAACGAAGGUGUGUGUGUACGGUAGCCAGUGGUUCCAACGUCCAGCACACGUAUAUUCCAUUUUUUAACAAUUUCCCAAAAAGAAAGAAAAAAAUUUUUAUAAAAUUGAUUAAUAAAUCAGUGUUAUCGAGUAAAAAAAAAAUUUUUUCUUUCUUUUAAUCACUUCAAUUUAAGGAGGUGGCAUCAAAAGACAAAAAAAUGGAAUUAAAUAAGAUGCAAUUUAAAGGCCAAAACACCCUGGGGGUGACAAAUCCAUGGUACGGAUCUAACGCUAGCGUAAUUACAAAUGGAAGUAGAAAUGAGGAUUCCUAUAUGACAUUUCAGUCUAAAGAGGCAAUCAUCUCCAUUUCGACGGAAGAUAAGAGGGAGAAAGGCGGAGGCGUUCAUGGUUCUGGAGGAUCGCAUCAGACUACAUAUUUAGACUCUUUGAUGCAUCUAUUUAAAGGAAACGUCGGAUCUGGGGUAUUUGCUAUGGGAUAUGGUUUUAAAAAUGCGGGGAUUAUGAUUGGACCGUGGGUGAUAAUAGUUUUAGGUAUUAUUUGUACGCAUUGUAUGCAUGUUUUGUUAUCAUGCGCGAAGAGAGCUUCAAGAAUAACAGGUGCCGAAGUAAGACCGGAUUUUGCAGAAACAGUCCAAUUAUGUUUUGAAACAGGAACGAUCGCAAUGAAAAGAGCAGCCACGUACAUGAGGAAAAUCGUUAAUUUGUUCUUGUGUAUAACUCAAUUAGGAUUCUGUUGUGUUUACUUUGUUUUCAUCGCUGAUAAUUUAAAACAAGUUUUGGAUUAUUACGGUCUUAUAAUCGACGUACAUUUUCAUAUGGCAAUACUCCUCCUUCCAAUUGUUCUCAGCUGUUUGAUUAGAAACUUAAAGUUUCUCGCACCUUUAUCAACUGUGGCUAACGUUUUUAUGGUUAUCGGAAUUUCCAUUACUGUUUAUUAUAACACCCAAAAUCUCCCAGCGAUAAGCGAAAGGAAAUAUGUAGCCGAAUUACAUCAGUUACCUUUGUUUUUUGGAACCGCACUGUUUGCUUUUGAAGGAAUCGGCUUGGUUUUACCAUUACAAAACGAAAUGAAGAGACCCGAUGAAUUUAAAAAACCUUUGGGAGUUUUAAAUGUUGGGAUGAGUGUUGUUACCGUUAUUUAUAUGAUGAUGGGACUUCUUAGUUACUUGAAAUAUGGAGAAGAUGUUUUGGGAAGUGUUACGUUGAAUCUUCCGGAAACUGAGAAAUUAGCUCAAUCUGUCAAAAUUAUGAUUUCUUUGGCUAUUUUAUUAACUUAUGCUUUACAAUUCUAUAUCCCAGUAGAUGUUAUUUGGCCGAAUGUAAUAAAAACAUUCGGUCCAUUUAAUCAUCCCGUUUUAAUGGAAUAUACAUUUAGAAUCUUCUUAGUUCUUGUAACAUUUGUCUUAGCCGAAGCUAUUCCUUACUUAGGAUUAUUUAUUUCGUUGGUAGGUGCUGUUAGCAGUACAACUUUAGCUUUGUUAUUCCCUCCGAUCAUCGAAAUAGUAUUGCAUUAUAACAUCUCAGAAUUAACCGCGUGGAUUAUUAUUAAAGAUGGUGUGAUAAUACUUGUUGGAUUAUUAGGAUGUGUAACAGGGACUUACGAAAGCCUGCACAGUAUAGUUAAUCAGUUCGUCGCUGAGGGUAGCUGAGUUCAGAAACAAACUGUGAUAGAUUCCUUUUUGUAGAUGUUGAUAAUGAGAUGUAUAAUUUAUUUUUGUUGAUUUUUUUUUCUUUUGUAAUAUUAAGUGUACAGUGAUAGAUAGGUAAAUUUUAUAAUACGAAAUGAUUUACCGAUUAGAAUUUAAGAAUAAACUAUUUUUAUUAUUAA